AAUCGAGCGGCGGACGGCAGACGCGCACCGGAGUGGCCGUCUGCUCACAGCGCCGGGCUCUACUUGUGGCCGGAAUCGUGCUCGGCUCGCUGCUGCUGACGGCCAUCAUCAUCGCCUACGCUGGACCGCAGAACGGUAGGUUUGCCCCGUGCCCCAUGACCCAUGCCACCAGUUCCGUGCCCCAAAGGCGGCGCCAUUCUCACACCGUUACGUUCUUUUCAUUUUUACUUCCUUUUCACGAGACUUUUUUCGACCAUGUUCACCUCGUUCGUUUUUCGUUUUCGCCCACACAAACAGAAAACAUCGAGUGGCUUGGGGUCACCCUUUGUGUUUGUUGUUCUUGUUGUUGUUACUUGAUUAUUCCUUUAUUGGGGGCGACAGGAUAUGUAGUCAAUUGGACGGGACGGAAAAAGGGUUCCCCGAAAUAUGACAGCUUUAAAAAUGGGAUUUUGUAAGAGAGGCAUUCAGUUUGACGUGAAUGGAACAAUAGAGUAAUAUAUUUAAGUUUGCUUAAGAAUAAGGGUUAAUACUUGCUUUAAUGAAAAAUACUUAAAUGGAUCAAGUAAUCAGCCACAUACAGCAUAAAAGAAUCCCUUAGCAGUACAAAACUUCAAAAGGACCUUUAAAGAGAAAGUAUUGAUGGGGGGCAGUUACCUCAAACAGACUCGUUUCAAAUAGAAUGGGUGCACAUACGAUUGAGUCAUAAAUCAACAUGUCCAAGGGAAUCAUGAAUAAUGUAGCCCAUUCUCGGACCCAGCCAAGUAUCAUCUAUGACUAAAGCCGCCUCAAGGUUCAAAGUUGUUGCCCAAUAAAUCCGUAUAAAUGGUAAUUGAAUUCCUUGACCGGCGGCGUUCGAAGCGGGUCAUAAACCACGUGGGCCAAGCAAUCCAUUUAGAGCCGAGUAAUAUGCUCUUAACCAUAUUAAGUGGUGCCGUAAGGGAAUCAGCCGCAUUUCGCGUAUAAAUAGAUGCAACUGCAGCACCUGAACCCACCCCGUUGUCCCCAAUGGAUCCAUAGGCCUCGACCUGAUAUUCUAUGUGCCGCCUGGCCAUAUUGAAUAGCGGAAUUAUGCAAAGUGCAAACACUCACAUGCUCGCUGGAAGUUUCUGUUGCAUACUUAAUGGGGCUAAAUGCAUUGGGGGAUAAUUGCAUUAACUGUCAAGGGAAAGGGGCAACAAGCCGCACGAAAGCGUGUUUGCGGAUUGGGGAGGGAAAUGCGGACGGACGGACACAUGUCUGGUGGAAAGUUAAUUUUCCCCUCCGCGAGGUCGAAUAUCAAUCAACAUUUUCCACCGUGUAGCUUUAACUUCUGCUUCCGCCGAUCCAAUUAGACUAUUUGACCAGCUUUACACAUUUGCCACGCGACCCUUCUAUACAGUAUAUAUAUAUCCAUUAAUAUAUCUAUUUGAUUUCCUAAUCAUCCGUUUGUUUGUUUCCCAUUUUCGUUUCCGUUUGCCUUCGACUUUUGACACCAAAUGUUUAUUAUAUAUAUGAAUCUUUGAAAAAAUAUGAAAUAUUUCUCUUAAAUGCUUGUUUGAUUGAUUGGUUAAAAUACUGCUCCUGCGGAUCGAAAACGGUGUCCGGUUACGAAACGGAUGAAGAGAACAACACGCAGCCCUUCAAUCCGAUUGCCACCAACGGAGAGCCCUUUCCCUGGCUGGAGAAGAUGCUGCCCACCAGUGCGCGACCGCUGCGGUACAUGGUCACCAUCCAUCCCAAUCUGACGACACUGGACGUCAAAGGCCAAGUCACCAUCGAUUUGCAUGUGGAGAAGGAGACCAACUUCAUUGUGCUGCACAUCCAGGACCUCAACGUCACCGAGAAGGCCAUCGUGACCCCGGGUCCCAAAGGUUACGCCCUCAAGAUUGUUAAGGUGCUGGAGUUUCCGCCCCGGCAGCAGCUCUACAUCGAGGUGAAGGAGAGACUCAAAAAGAAGUCCAAUUACACCCUCAACCUUCGCUGGUACUCCAAACUCAAUCCGGAGCCAGAGGGCUUCUAUGUGGACCAGUACGAGAGCUCCAAUGGCGUUGAAAGAUUAUUAGCUGCCACAGUUUUCCGACCGAAUGGUGCAAGAAGAGCAUUUCCCUGCUUCGAUGAGCCGCACGUUCGAGCACCUUUCCGGAUCUCCGUGUUUCGAGAUCGUUUUCACAUCGGCCUGUCCAACUCCAUAGUGCACACCACCGAGGAUGUGGGCUUCUACAUGGGCACAGGAUUGCUCCGCGAUGACUUCAUAGAGACUCCGCCACUGCCGGCCGAUGCGGUGGCCUGGGUGGUUAGUGACUUCCAGCGCGAAUCCCUGCAGCCCUCAGCGGCAUAUAUACCCACGACACCAGCGCCACCGGGUUCCGGAGUGGGUGGCAAAAAGUCCGCCCAGCUAAACAAUUAUACUCAGCUUAAGGGCAAAAACCCGCCGGUACGAAACAUCACUGCCCUGACGCAUUCAUUGAAUGUCAACCUGACGCCACGCCAAAACCUGACAGUGGUCCAACCCACGACGACGACAGCUUGGCCAGUUAAUCUCAAUGGGAACGGAAAGCCAACGAAUCUAACAUCACUUUCACAGUCCACGGGAUCUUCGAUCAAGAGAGCUCCGUCGUACACCUUCUAUGCACCCAGGGAUCUGUUGAUUCGAUCAUCAUUCAUUCUGCAUACUUCAAGAGACGUUCUGGAGUAUUUGCAGACCUGGUUAGAUAUCAGUUAUCCCCUCACGAAAGUGGACUUUGUGGCUUUGCCUUCCCUCGAUCGUAAUAUGAUCUCCUCGCUGGGAUUGGUCACUUUGAAAACCUCGUUCUUAACGGAUCCAAGCUCCAUAACCUCCGAGCAAUAUCAGUUUAGUGCCCUACGAAUUGCCGAGGCAAUGGUUAGGCAAUUCUUUGGAGGAAUCACUUCGCGCAAGGUGCUCAAGGAUGUCUGGUUGUGGGAGGGAUUAAUCCAGUAUUUGGGCAUCCACGCAUUGGCUCCCCUCCAGGAAACGUGGCCCUUGAGAGAAAUGUACCUCUUGAAGAUGGCCACUGCUGCGUUGGAUAUCGAUGCCAUCCAAGGAUGGGAUAGCAUCAUGAACGGCACCAGUCACGAUGGCAACAAUGAGGAGUUCUUUGUUCAAAAGACAGCGGCCAUAUUCUCCAUGUUGCACACGGCAAUCGGUGAGGAUCGAUUCAGGGGCUGCUUGGGCUCGUUCCUUAAGGUGAAUCGAUUUAGGACUGCUGAACCCACUGAUCUGUGGACCAUAUGCACGAAGAAAGCCAACGGUUCGAAGAAUAUCAAGGACAUGAUGACACUGUGGACGCACCAGCCGGGCUUUCCCCUUCUCACGGUCACCAAAAUGGGCAACAGCAUUUCCAUCUCGCAGAGACCUUUUCGACCAGCGGAAUUUCUGGCCAUCCAUGACGACUCCUACGACGGGAAUAACUACAAUAAAACUACGCUGAAUGCCACCGAUAUGCCCAGCACAGUGGCACCCACAACACAGGGUAGCAAGCAUAAGGUGGCGCCGCACAUGAAGUGGAUCUUCCCAGUCACCUAUGUGACAGAUAUCAACAAUGUCAGCGAAACCCUCUGGAUGCAGAAUGUGGAUGUAACCUUCAAUGUGCCGGAGAACGUAAAAUGGAUCAAAGUGAAUGCAAUACAAAAUGGGUAUUACCGAGUGGUCUACAAUGAUGAUAACUGGGCAAGUCUAAUCGAGGAGUUGGCCGCAAAUCCCAACCGCUUCACCAGCGAGGAUCGCCUGGGAAUGUUGUCGGAUGCCUUCACACUCUGUCAUGCAAAUCUGCUGCCCUGUGAGAUCACCAUGAACAUGAUUCAAUAUCUGCCUAGUGAGACGCACUACGGUCCAAUGGCCUUAGCAUUGAGGCAUUUGGAAAAGUGGCGACGCAUCCUUAAGUACUCGGAGUGCUUCCUUAUGCUUAGCGAGUUCAUCAAGAUGAAGAUAUCCACGGUGAUGGAGAAGGUCGGCUGGUCGGAUGACGGCGAUGUGGCCACCAGGUUACUGCGUCCCGAAGUGCUUUUGGCAUCGGUUCUGUGGGAAGAUAUCGACAGCAUCACCAAGGCGAAGAACAUGCUAAAUCAGUAUCUAUACUACAAUGGCACCGCCAUUCCACCAAAUCUUAGAGAGGUGGUUUACACGGGCUCCAUUCUAUCGGGCGAAUAUAUUUAUUGGCAGCAUUGCUGGGAACGUUUUGUUAACCUGCAGCGAACAUCAGAGACCUUCGUAGAGCGGAUGCAGUUGCUCCGAGCCUUGGGCAGAACCAAGGAUGCUUGGCUGCAGAAUCGCCUGUUAUCCCACGUUACAAUGCUGCCCACCGAAGAGGUGGUGCAGGUGCUCAAGGCCAUUGCAGGAACGCCGACGGGCGGAGCCAUGGCCUGUCGCUUCCUCCAAGCCAAGUGGUUCGAGCUGGAGAAGCGUCUGGGCCCUGGAACAAUCAGCUUCGCCAAGGUCAUAUCGGCCAUCACCCAGUACGGGGCCACUAAGUUCGAUUACGAUGAGCUCAAAUCGCUGGUCCAUCGAUUUGGUCGGGGUCAUGGGAUGUCUGUGCUGAAUAUGACCUUGAGCAGCGUGGCCUCCAACGUGGAGUGGGUGGCCCGGUCACAGACGUCGCUCUACAAGUGGGUGGAGGGCAACCUGCACUCGCACCGAUAGAGGAGAUGGGGACACGGAGGUCACAGUCGCAGUUCUCUCUUCACACUCAUUUGUAAUUAUGUUCCUCUCUCAGACACGAAUCUUAAGUGAGCUUUGAUUUCGCCGAGUUAACUAACACAAUGGAUCUAUGUACUCUUUACCAUAUCAUUGAUCUCCUUGAUUUUCUCUGUAGCUAAACUAUGAUUUUAGUACUUAAAGUUAGCCCACUCAACUGUAAAAUACGAUUGCUAUGAUCAAGCAGCUCUUAUAUAUGUGUAUAUCUAUCCAAGUGGAGAAAACCUUUUCUAGCACAUACGAACGUGUAUAUCUACAACUGAACAUAAGGAUAUAUCUAUAUAUGUAUAUUGUAUAUGUAUGUAUAUUUUACAAACCAAACAAAACCAAACAUAUUUAGAGCAAUGGAUAAUUGUAGAUUGUAAGCGAAGAACAAAGAACAACAUAUUUUUUCAUAAAAACUAAAGCCUAACAAAUGGAUCCCCAAGAAUCGAUAAACUAAAUCGCUUAUGAAUGCAUUCUAGUACUGUAUAGCAUAUGUAUAUUAGCUUUAGUGAGCAUUGCGCUCGUGUGUGUGUCCGUGUAUGUGCGCAUCGAAAAAAUAUCACAGAAAUCUUCCUUUUGCCCAAAGAUAAUGUACUUAGGUAUCCAUAUAUACCCUAUGCUGCCUGACCAAAACCAAAAAGGAAAUAACCAUGACCAAGUUUUAAAUAUCUUUUGAUUUCUAAAUGUAUUUUUAAAAUCAGUGUUAGCUUCCAAUCAAUGUAAUUAUUAUGUAUGUUGAAGGUACAUGAAAUAUAUUUUCUUGAAAUGCUAGUAAUAAUUAUAACUUGAAAUAAUACAUGAAUUUCAAAUCCAAAUCAGUUUAAAACAAGUUUUAAUCAGAAAGAUACGUUCUGCGAAUAAAAAGAACAUCCGUAAUAUGAAUCGCUAGCAUAAUUAGCUUAAAAUCUGUUAACGAUAUCGUAUGGCUGCCAUAGUAAUUAACUGGUCAAAAUAUCAGUAUGGUGCCAUGAACUAAAUCAUGAAUGUAAAGUUCUCGUCUUUCAAGCUCUAGUGUGGUCUAAGGUCAGGCAGGCAGAUAACUUAGGAAAUCGAGAUACGAAUUAAAAAAUAGACAUCCCAUAUGUACAUACAUGGCAUACAUGCUGUAGUUUGCUAGAAUACAAGACAUGUUCAACACUUUUUAUUUACGCACUCGCCUAUGGUCACUUAAACUGUGUAUCAGAUUACAACGUUCCGACUAGUGUCUUACUAAAGACAUACCAUCUAAUUUACUAUUUUACCAUAUCGCCGCUUAUCAUUUGAUUGGUGUUCGGAACGCCAGCCCCAAAGAUAGCCAGAUAAUAAAGCCCGAGGUGUUUGUGCAAACCGAGGGAAUCCGUCAACUUAAAACUUCGGUCCCAUGGCACGCCGGUUCUGUCAUUAUAAACCAUAGGAACAUGUAUUAGUUGUGCCAUUCGAGCCAGCCGCGAUAAGAAAGUGCCAUGCGACUAGAUUAGCUUAGUGGGCGACAUGAGCGUAGAUGGGGCAGUUUUCGAGGGGCAACAUUAUUCAGUCAGAGAGAACCUAACUUUUGAAAUCCAAUUGAUAUAUCAACCGAUGGAAAGGGUUAAGCAGAUUCAAAGUUAAACCUUCAAACGCAUUUGACUAUGCUAAUUCGAAAAUGUGUAUUUGCAUUAGGCCAUAUGAGAUCUUUGAUUUCGUUUUGGGAGGAAUAGUUUGAUUUGCUUGGCUAAGACACACUAAGACUAACUCACUGAUACUCGAAGUCAAUCGCUCAGAUACCCCGAUUUAAAUUUAAAACUGUCGAAACACAGUCAGAGAGAUAAGAGAGAGAGAAAGAGAGAGAUAGAGAGGGAGAGGGAGAGAUAAACACAAAAUGAAACCAAAAAAAAACUUUAUUAGCGACAAAGUUAGAUCACAGAGAAAACACAAAAACAAGUUUUGGAGCGAUUUUACGGAUUUUUGAAAAAUGUAUAAGCCAAACAAGCAACUAAAUAACAAGCCGAAAUAGAGAUAAUACAAAAAGAACACAUUAUAACAGAGAAACUCAAAGCCCAGAAGAAGAAAAAAACAAAAAUUCGGGAAGAUUAAGAAAGUUAUUCGGAUCAACGGACUAAAAAUAUUAUGGUUUUUGGUUACAACAUGUAUUUUGUUUAAUUCUUAGCCCAUUCAUCGUCUAAGUGCAUUGUACAAUGCAUAUCCGUCCACAGCUUUGAUUGACUUAUCACAUUUGGGUUCCAUUAAGUUUUCUAAAAACAAACACACAACCUAUCCUCAACCCGUUCCGAACUCCUACUCCCGCUUUGUCCUGGAGUUGAAGAAUGGCCUUUUCGAGAUUCAAGGAUCAAAUAUCAAUUCUAGUUAAUUUUAUUAGAAGAAAUUUUUUGGCAAUCGGCAUCAGUUUAUAAAAAUUUAGUAAUUAUGCAUUGUCUAUUAGAUUUUAUAUAAAAUUUCGCGUAUGGCAAAUACAAAGUGUAUCUAGAAUGCAAUGGAAAGCAGGCAGAGCAACUCUAAAGACGUAAACCUAAUUGUACGCUAAUGAUAUAUACACAUCUAUAUAUAAAUAUAUAUAUUUACAUAAUGUAGUUUAAGUCAAAUGGGAAUAUUAAUAAAAACGAUAACUAAUCUGUAAA